AUGGAUUUCUACAUGCGACCUGAAUUCGAGGCUGACAAGUCUGCGGGCAAGGGUCGGAAGAUGACCACCGAUAACCCACUUCUUCCGGGUUGUAGAAGCCGGAAGGAACUACUGGCUUCGCAACAGCAGCUCAAGGACGGUAUCCUCACCGAGCAAGCUUACCGGAAACUUAUCCAAGCAGCUGUGAAAGAUCACAAGCUAAGAGACAGCCGCUCACCGUGGAAGAUCUUGAGACUACACCUCCGAUCGACACCACUCGAUGGAUUCUCCAAUCUGCCAUAA